AAUGCUUCUGCGUUUCCAUACUGCCUGCAAAAAAAAAGAGAGAGAAGAAAAAAAGGCCCCAAAUCGCUGGAGCAAAGGGAAAAAACGAGCCAGAGGAGAAAAGACAGAGGAAGGCCACGUUCAUAACGGACUAAUACACGGAAAUCUGCUUCUAUAAAUAAAAUAACGAUUUGCAUAUCCAUCCUUCCUUCAUUUGCCUUUGCUUCAGUGAGAAUGGCAGGCGGACCCCCCUCUGACAAAUACACUUUUCUCUACCCAACAGACAGCAGCUUAAAGAGUAAGAGCAGAGUAUCCAGUAUGAACCCCGUGUACAGUCCAGUGCAGCCUGGGACUCCAUAUGGAAACCCCAAAACCAUGGCCUACACAGGUUACCCAGCAGGCUAUCCUACUGCAGCGCCUGCCUACACACCAAGCCUCUAUCAGACAGGCAGUCCAGGGUACCCUCCAGGAUACACUACAGGGACGCCAUAUAAAGUUCCCCCGUCUCAGUCGAAUGGUGCUCCUCCACCAUAUUCUCCAUCUCCGAGCACAUACCCCUCAGCCAUGUACCCCAUCCGCAGUGCCUACCCUCAACAGAACCUCUACACUCAGGGAGCCUACUACACCCAGCCUGUGUAUGCUGCACAGCCCCAUGUUAUCCAUCACACCACAGUGGUGCAGCCCAAUAGCAUCCCAUCUGCCUUGUACCCUGCCCCAGUGCCCCCUGUGACCCCACGGCCCAGCGCACUCACCAUGGGCAUGGUGGCAGGAACCACGAUGGCCAUGUCUGCAGGAACGCUGUUGACCACACCCCAGCACACUCCCAUUGGUCCACACCCUGUUACGGUCCCAACGUAUCGUCCGCAAGGAACGCCUGGCUACAGCUACGUGCCACCUCAUUGGUAGAGCCCACCUGUCAAUCAUAUCUGGAGUUAAACGUCGUAUGCAAAAUCCUCAAGUGUUACACGGGCUCUCUGUGAUCAGCAGCUGCGCCUGCCAGAACAGAAGAAAAAAGGGUCACUUUAUGCAUUCUUGUAUCUUUUUUUUUUUGUAAAAGCUGCUUUUUUAAUUUAAUUUUUUCCCUCUUUUUUUUCCUAAUUUAAUUUCUUCUUGUGUUUUUAGUCUUACUAUUCCUGGCCUAUGUCAUUGUGUAAUUUCUUUUUAAAUCAAAAUUAUUAACAAUCAGCUCCUGCAGAAACUCCAGAAUGAUUUUGACCAAUUACGACUUUGAAACAAUGUGCUUUUUUAUGUUAUUGUUGUUCCUGUUUUUGUUAUUGUUGUUUCAUAUUUCCACCAGUGAGUGGGAAUGUACAUUGCACCAUGCUCAUCAUAUCUGUCAUGCCAAAUAUUCUAAGGUUUAGCUAGUAGUACAGGAUUUUUCUUUAUAUUUGUGUCAAUUUGCAAUUUUCAGAUUCCCUUUUCAGAAGGGCUGAGACGGGUUUCUGCUUUUCAGUUUUGAUUUCACUCGAAUUUCUUCUGUUCAUCCUCUAGCAUUGAUAACAAGGGUGUCUUCCAGCAUGUAGCAGUUUAUUAGGUACAUUUGUAACAAGUUUAGCAGUGUUUAGGGCAGCUCGACAUGGUUCAGACUUCAUUAGGAUGUCGAGUGCUGACACUAAUCUCAGUUAUUCACUUAGUAGAGGACUCUGGUUUCUUUAUUUAUUGGAUCAUCUGGAUAGAGUAAGCAUCUAAAUUAUGAUGUGCAUAUUAUAUUUCUAUAGAUGCAUGUGAUGUGCAGAGAUGUGCUCUUGCAGGUGUUUGCAAUUGCACAUACAG